AUGAUUUCAGGCGCAACGCUCAUUCUACUAAAGCCUGAAGGCAAUCUUAAUCUUGCCUAUGUAACAAAAACAAUCGAAAAAAAACAGGUAACAUUUGUGGUAUUUAGUCCAACAUUUACACGUGCUCUCGUCGCUUAUUUUGGGUUAGCAAAAACAGCGGAUCAAUGUUUCGCUACAUUACAACGAGUUAAUAGUGGAGGUGAGCCAUUACCUUGGCUCUUGACCAAACAGUUGCACGCUCUACUACCAGCUGGCACAGUUCAUCACAAUAUUCAUGGAGCAAGUGAAUGUUGUAUCGGGAUAUCUUAUCGAGUGCCACGAGACAAUUCUGAUAAAACUGAAAAUAAUAUUAGUCAUGAAAUUAUUGUUCCUUGUGGACGACCCAGUUUCAAUAUGGCUGCGUAUCUUGUUAAUGAAAAUUUGCAAUUGAUCACAGAGAUUGGUCAAUUGGGGGAAAUUCUAUACAGUGGUGGUGGUGUCUUUAAACGAUAUUUGAAUGAUGUUGAAAAAACCGAAAAAGUACUCAUCAAACUACCUUAUAUAACAGGUGGUGAACAAGUGCUCUAUCGUACUGGAGACAUAGCUAAAUACACGAAAGAUGGUAACUUGGUUGUUGUUGGUCGUCAAGAUUUUCAGUUCAAAAUUCAGGAUCAGAGAAUCGAAGCAGCCGAAGUGGAACAUUUUAUUAUGGCCUAUUCUCCAUCGCUCAUUAGUAAUUGUGUGGUGUCAAAAGCAGUUCAUGAAGAACAAGAUCAUUUGAUUGCCUAUUUGGCUGUCGGCAGCAAUGGUGACAAGAUCCCUAUUGAUGACAUUCGGCGAUAUUGCGAGCAACAUUUAGCCUCGUACAGUGUUCCGUCACUUUUUAUAGUCUUGCCAAAACUACCAGUAUUGCCUACUGGAAAAAUUGAUCGAAGUCAAGUAAGACAUGCAUUUUUUGUACACGUCGAUGAGAAAUAG